AUGAUUUUUUCGCCUCUUCCUCUUUCUUCAUUACCUGCCUGGUCCAAGUUGAACAAUGUGGACUUUCUCGAUACUGCUGUCUCAUCUAUGACACUUGAAAUUGAAAUGUCUGAUCAUUCAGAGGAAGUCGUUCAAAGGGGCAUCAUCACUACAAGAGCGCUGAGUUCAGUGGAUACGUUCGAUAUCCCCACACUACUCGAGAUCCCGAAAGAACUUGUACUGUGUAGAGAAUUUUUAUUGGAAGAGAGGAAACUAGAUUCCCAUUUCGAACAGUUGAGAGAAUUGGUUGGGUGGAAGUCGUUUAGAUUGGACAUCAUGUUAUUCUUGUUGAUGCAGAUGACUAUUGCAAGAAACAAUACGCUUCUUGACUGCUCUGUAUUUGAAGGUAGUGAAACUGGGAAAUGUGACAACUGUAACCUUGCAGGAGAACAAGAGUGUCUUUUAUCUACCGUAACUUCACAAACGGAAGAAAACAUAAACGUGGGGGUGAGUAAUCCGUGGUCAGAGUAUGUAAGAUUCUUGCCGGAGACCCUUACGAUUCCUACAAUGUGGAAUGACGCAGAAAGAAUGCUUUUGAUUGGAACAUCCUUAGAAAUUUCUGUCGAUGGUAAGAUGGGGCUUCUAUCACAAGAAUUCGAAGAUCUGCGCGAGAAGACCAUCGGAAUACCUUGGUGUAACUCGUGUUGGUGGCAAGAUGGAUCAUUAGAACCCUUGUUAAUGUCGGACUGGAUACGACUUGAUGCUUGGUAUAGAUCAAGAUCCUUAGAACUUCCAAGUUUCGGGGAAGUGAUGGUGCCUUGUCUUGACAUGGCCAAUCAUUCGUUUGAAUCAAAUGCAUAUUGGGACGAAACAUCGAAUGGCAAUGUCUCACUUCUUCUUCGGCCGGAUAUGCAGCUUGACGAAAAAAAUCAAAUAACCAUCAAUUAUGGAGAUACUAAAAGUCAUGCCGAGACUCUCUAUAGUUAUGGUUUCCAAGACAAAGGAAAUAAAUGUACAGCAUUGGUGUUAAACGUGUCGCCACAAGUGAUUGACCCUUUGCACAAUGCAAAGGUUGCUGCAACUCAUGAACGCCCAGUCGUUCGUAUCUGUAGGGACGAGGAUGGAGAAAUUUCAUGGGAAAGUCCUUAUCUGUACUUCUUCUCUUUGAAUGAAGAGGAUGGUUUGGAGUUCAAAACUUUGCAAGAAGUUGAUGGCUCGCAUGGUUCACUAUGCGUAUUCUGGCAAGAAGCAGACGUUACGGAAUCUGUCGACACAUUUGAGACAUUGAUUAGUGGACACGAAUUGGCGGAUGUCUUCAAGGUUCGAGUAUUAAGCUUACUGCAUGAUAGGAUUCAACAGCAAGUCGCGCGUCUCUAUGCGAGCACGCAGAUGGCACAUACUUUAGUAGAUCAGGGAAUGGUCUCCGUGGGCGCUCAAAUUGAGGCCGAUGGGUUGAGAGAGAUAGAGACUGACGUGCUAGAGGUCGCUCUCGAGACUAUCAGCGGACAGAAAACGGAACUACUCGAAACUGAAAGUGUUUGCCAAUAUCUCAGAUCAAUGUCUAGCAAUGCCGAGCAGAUCCCGGCUAUGCCAGAACCCAAAGAAGAAGAUGAUUUCAGCUGA